UGGGACGAAGACAAAACAUACCGGUACAUCCGAAUCGUGCCCAAACCAAACGGGCCUAAAAACCUGAUCCAAUUCCGUCAUGGUAACAUGCCGUACGAGGGCCGAGUGUGGCCCGACCUGGUCAAACAGAUGGACGAUUUCGUGCACCAGUACAACCCCGAAGUAUACCUGCGCAAUCAUAAUAUCACCGAGUGCAUCACGGGCCAGGAGCGUACGGAGCAAGCACGUCAGGCUAACCAGUGUCUGUUUGACAUACGUAUGAUUUCUGAACAAUGUCGUUCAGGUGAUUAUGGUUACGCCACUGGCCAGCCCUGUGUGUUCAUACAGUUUAAUAAUAUUACCGGUUGGAAACCAGACCUGUACACCAUGAAUGAUAUUGGUCCCCGUAGUAAUACUACCCUACCGGCUAAUUUGCAGCAAUUUAUCCGUGGUAAUAAUAAUCGCAACACGAUCGUGGACCAGGAGAACAUGGGCCAAAUCGAGUACACACCGACCCAGGGUUUUCCCGUAUACUACUUCCCAUACGACGGGCACCCGGACUAUAUGCCCCCAUUGGUGGCCAUACGGUUCCGAUCGCCGGCCACAUCCAUAGCCAUCGGUAUCACGUGUCGACUGUACGCCAAAAAUCUCAACCACACCGACAACUUCGAUGAGAUGGUAGAGCCCGUGCCGGCCCUACCCUUCAACAUAUUCAUUGAAUAA